AUGUUAAGUAGUUUAUUUAGGUCGAUCAUUAUCCCUAUUAUUGCGUUAAUAAUUAACCAUACCCCUUUAUUUAUAUGGGUAAUUAUAGAUUUCAUAGUUGAUAUUUGUUUCUUCUGGGUAAAGAAGUUAUACCAAUUUUAUAACACGAAAGAUCCGUUCAAGGAAUAUUUGAAACAGUUGAAGAAUGCUCUGAGUUACAAUGAGUGGAAAAAAAUUGCUGCAGAGAUUGAUAAAUUAACAAAUAUGGACCUAUGGAGACAAAAUUUUAUUUCGAAACAUUACGAUUAUAUUCUUAUUGAUGAUAGAUUAAAGUUAUUAAGAGAGGCAAGGUUGAAUCAGGAUUCACAGUUGAUUAUCUCUUUGUUUCGGUCGGGAUUAAUGAGAAACUUUGGUGGUUUAUCGCAAAAGAGAUUAUAUACAAAAUCUUACUUAGGGACUAAAUUCAAGAUAGAGGAGUAUAUAACUGAGGUAUUGAAUUGCCUCAACUAUUUAAACGAGUCCAUAAAUGCCCCCUCUGAAAGAGACAACGAUGAAUUUAUUAUGAAUAGCAAACAGUUGAAGUUGGAUUUUUUCCAUGAUGCAAGACAAUCAUUCGGUUGUACAGCGCUUUUAUUACAGGGUGGUUCUUUAUUUGGUCUUUGUCACUUAGGCGUUGUUAAAGCGCUAUAUUUUAAAGGACUUUUACCUAGAAUUAUUGGGGGGAGUGCCAUUGGUGCUGCUGUGGCAUCACUAGUCUGUACUUUGACUGAUCAAGAAUUAAUUCCUAUAUUAAUUAACAUUGCUGAUGUGAUUGCUGAUAUCGAUAGAUUGAAUCACGAUGUAGAUGAAAGAUAUGGUAAUGUGAUUGAAAAUGUUGUCAAGAAAGGCUAUUCACAAGAUAUAUUAAUAUUUUUGAAGUUUGUCCGGGACACAAUCGGCGACUUAACAUUUGAAGAGGCAUAUUUGAAGACUGAAAAGAUUUUGAAUAUUGUUGUUCAUCCAACUCAUCAGUCUGUAACUUCUUUAUUGAAUUAUAUAACGGCUCCAAAUGUAAUCAUUUGGACUGCUAUUUACGCCUCUAUCGGCACAGGAGUGCUUUCAGAUAAUGUACAGCUUUAUGUUAAGGAUUUUAACAAUCAAAUUGUUCCCAAGGUCCCAGAUUUCGAUGUGGUGUUUUUGAAGCCGCAAGAUGUGAGCUACCUGCAGCAGUAUUUUAGGACAUCAAACAGAAAAAAGGAUGAUCAUCCCAGUAAUUCCACGAAUUCCAAGGCUAAGAAUUCUUCUUCUUCUGAACCUGGGAAUAACGAUAAUACAAGUUACAAUUAUCACUUGAAGGAAAGUUCUCCUUAUACUAGAUUGACAGAAUUAUUUAAUGUAAAUCAUUUUAUAAUUAGUUUGGCUCGUCCAUACCUAGCACCAUUAAUAAGUAAUGAUUUGAAGCAUUAUCAUAAUUCAUAUGGUAAAGUGCGUUAUAAUCAUGAAGGAAAUGAGAGGAAUAAUAUGAAAUCUAAAUUCAAUAAUCAAAUACUCAUUGAUGAAAAUAAACCCCCCGUAUUGGAUAAGAAUAAAACCUCGGUUAAUGAUAUGGAAAAGUAUGCUAACGAUACUGGUUAUAACUUUAUGAAAUUAAUAAAAAACCUAUUGGGUAUGGAAAUUCAGCAUAGGUUAGAAGUAAUGAAUAAGUUAGGUCUUUUAUCCGAUUUAAUUAAACGAUUUUGUAUUGAUGAGAAGCCAUCAACACCUCAGUCAUUGACUAACAUAAGAGAAAUAUCAAUAGUUCCAGAAUUAAGAUAUCUUGUUAAAGACUUUGGAAGAGUCUUUGAUGUUCAUAAGACUAUGGAAAAUAUUCCAUACUGGAUCUUAGUUGGCGAGAGGUCUGUUUGGCCAUUAUUUCCAUUGUUAUGGGCUAGAUGUUCAAUUGAAUUUGCAUUAGAUGAUUUAUAUAAUAUUCACAGAAAGAAAGGUUAG